CUCUCUUCCACAAGAUGUAAGAACAUUGAUUGGGACUUGCAAUCGUCGCGUUGAAUUGAUUGAUGUUGAACCCGGAAAAUAUUGGCAUGUGUCUAUUAUGGGAAGGGUAAGCCAAAAGACCCGAACAAUUUCUUUAAAAUGUUCACAAAUGAAGUCCAAGAGGUUUUCGCCAGCGGUGGUAUCCAUUUCAAGAAUCAUUUAGUAAAAAUAAAAUUCAGAUGCUUCAUAGCUGAUGCUCCGGCUAGAGCUUUUAUAUUAAACCACAAAGGACACAUGUCUUCAAAACCGUGCUCUAAAUGCAAAGUUAUAGGCUCAAGGUUCGAAGGUAGAAUGAUAUUCCGAGGUACUGACCACUGUUUGCGAACUGACAUAGAAUACGACCAGGAACUUGAAGACGAUCACCACAAGGAGGGAGGCAGCCCUCUCACUCUUCUUAGAAUAGGUAGGGUAACAGGUGUACCAUAUGAUGAAAUGCACCUUGUAUUCUUAGGGGUAAUGAAGAAACUGAUCGAAGCUGGGGUUGACGGUAAGUUUUCUCGUGCUGCAAAGUGGUCAGGCCGACAAAUCAGUGUAAUAUCUUCACGUCUAAAAGAUAUUGGAAAACUAUGUCCACGAGAGUUCUCACGUCCUCCUAGGCCAAUUUCUGAAUUCAAACGCUACAAAGCAACUGAGUUUCGCCAGUUCCUCUUGUAUACUGGCCCUGUCGUGCUAUAUGGUGUAUUAGAAUCUGACUACUACCUACACUUCCUGCUUCUUCAUAUAGCUAUUCGCAUACUUUCAACUUCGUCCGCAUCACCUGAAGAUCUUUUAUUCGCAGAAUAUGCUUUGAAAUUGUUCGUCACAUCUGCAGAAGACUUAUAUGGCCCAGCAUUUCUGAGUUACAAUGUACAUGGUCUGUUGCAUCUGGUUGACGGUUACCGACGAUUUGGUGCUCUAGAUUCAUUUUCCGCUUUUCCAUAUGAAAAUAACAUGCCUAUCUUUCGUAAAUAUGUAAGGAACCAACAUUGUCCUCUUCAGCAAUUUGCUCGGCGACUGAUGGAGCGUGAUUGUUAUACAACAUUUAAUAAAGUAUCCCACAGCCAUGAAAACAGAUUAUUAGGAAUGCACAACGCUGGACCCCUUCCUGAGAAUUGCGAUGCAAGUGCCAGGCAAUUCGCUAAAUUGAAAUCUGGCAAAAAAAUUUUCAGUAUUAAUGACGGUAACAACACUGUUAUGCUUAAAGAUGGAUCUCUUUGUGAGAUUUGUAACAUUCUAGAUAUAGGUGGUCAUCAGGUUCUCGUAGCUAGAAAGUUUAAUACUGUACAAAAUUUAUACAAUCUUGGCAGAUCAUCAUCGUCCGUAGGAAUUUUCAAAUGUACUAAUGUCUCGAGUGAUAUUGAAUUAGUGGCAGUGUCAGACGUCGCAGCAAAAUGUUAUCGUAUGCCGCUUUGGUCUGGUACUGGCACAAAUUCAAAUAGAGUUGUGGUUGUAAUAAUGACCCUGUUGCAUCAUGCUUGAGUUUUUUUGGAAGAUUUUCCAAGUAUUUCUACUUUCCUAUCCUAGAUUAUUAUGUAAAUUUCUUUCUUUCUUCGCAGUAUAAUUUUUCUUUUGUUUCAUGUGUUCAAUAACUGUGCAGUAAAAUGCAGAAGAAAUCAAUAACACUGAGCAGCCAAGGACGCAUUAUUCAAAAGCCAGAGCGAUAUUGUACAACCGAGUCGUCCGCAGAUGAGAGAACUGCAGCUCCAAACUUACUAAAGAAGCGCGUAUCCAUGGAGCAACGCAUUGCGAUGAUGGCGAAUCAAAUUACUUCAAAAGACUCACAAAAUUUUGAAUUGGCCAGUGAUCAUGAUGACUCUGAGGAAAUCAUCCCAAAUUCACAAUUACACUCGAGCAACUCUAUAACAUUUAGCGAUGUAGUACGACUAACCACAAGACGA